UCCAAAACCAGAACAACGUAGUGGGAGCUGCUAGCUUGCUACUAAAUCAGUGGUCCUAUCUGGAGCAUGGUACAAAUCCGCAUGCUGGAAUGCGUAGUUGGGGCUAAAUUAUUGAUACAGUUUGUUUAAUGAAGUAUGGCAGCUUUAAUCUCCAGAAGGAUCCAACGUUCUUUUGGUUCUCUGUAUUCAAUAGGCCAUCGUUGUUAUUCACCAAAUCCUAGUCAUCCGCCAUUGAUUAGAUCAGAUGAUGUAUGCAACAGUUUGGCCGGGGAGAGACUGUUUUCUGCGGGACGUUCCGGCCUUCUCUCGGUCAGGUCAUUGAUCUGUUCUCAUCGGCAGUUUUCAACUUCUGUUUUAACUCCUGAGUCUGGUGAUAGUACAUUUCCUUCUGAUUUAUUGUCUAAAGUGCCAGGGGCUGCUUCUGAGCGUACUAUAGGGCUUUGCCAGGAUCUUUUGAUUCCAGUGACCAAUUUUUGUAAUGAAGACAAGGGCCUCAUGGUUUUAGCUGGUGAUGUUUUUGACGUUCCUAUUAGGAAGGAUAUCAUCCACCGUGUUGUUAGGUGGCAACUUGCGAAACGACAGCAGGGAACGCACUCAACAAAAACUAUCAGUGAGGUCAGUGGGACUGGGAGAAAGCCUUGGAGACAAAAGGGAACUGGUAGAGCAAGACACGGAACUUUACGUGGGCCUCAGUUUAGGGGUGGUGCCACUAUGCACGGCCCUAAGCCCAGAAGCCAUGCCUUCAAGCUCAAUAAGAAGGUUCGUCGUUUGGGGCUGAAGAUUGCUCUGUCAGCACGUGCGGCCGAAGGAAAGCUUCUUGUGUUUGACAAUUUGGAGGUUCCCACCCACAAAACCAAGAACAUUGUGAACUAUGUCAAUCAAAUGGAAAACACCAAGAAACUUUUGCUCGUAGAUGGUGGUCCCAUAGAGGAAAAGUUGAAGCUGGCUACACAAAAUCUACAUUAUGUUAACGUUCUUCCCUCCAUUGGUUUGAAUGUCUACAGUAUUUUACUGCAUGAUACAUUGGUGAUGUCUCGUGAUGCUGUUAACAGAAUUGUUGAGCGUAUGCAUACUCCAAUAAACCGUUGAGGCAGUUUUGGGUUAUCUCUUGCUCAGAAUUAGGAAUAUGGUUCAACCCCGCCCCCACUUCCUUCCUUCCUCUCUUCUGUACAACAUAAGGAGCCACAAGUUGUAUGCCAUUUUUGUUCAUCAAAAGUUGGGAAGUAAUGUCAAAUCUUCUGUUUCGAAGCUUGUAAUUUUAGGAACUUUGAUGUUUGAAUUUUGAUGAAGUUUAAUUGGAGUGCUCAAGUUUCUCAAGGUUUCUAAUGAUGACAUCUUUAUUCCCAUCAAGCUAUGCCCCCAAAGAUACAGGCUCCAGAGUUCUGAAUCUCUCCCUGACAUUUAUAAUGCAUUAGAUCUGAUUAGCCAAGGAUUUUGUAUGGAGUGAUGGACCCGUUUGAUCAAGUAAAUACAGUUCUCAUGGAUGGUAUCAA